AUAACAGUGUCACUUCUCUCUUUUUGUCAGACCUGUGCCCAGAGGAGAAGAGCGAUGUGAAAGAGUUUCAUGGUCUGAUGAGAGAAAGACAAAAGUAGGAUCACCCAUAACCUUAAAUAGAGGCCAUCAGGAGAAAUGGGAAAUGGCUCCAUGAAACCUAAGCCGCUAAGGCAGCCAGAUGGACAGCUGGUGAACAUCUCUGUAGGUUCCUGUAGCAAGCUCCGUAAUGGAGAUGUUGUUAAAGGUAAAGUAUGGGAACUUGAAAUAGAACUGAAGAAGAAGAAUGAAGAAUUAAAAAAUAAAGAGCAGGUUCUCCAUGAGCUGCAGGAGCAAUUUAGCAAACAGACUCAGGUGAUUGCCGAAAUUACAGAAGAGCUUCAAAGCAAAUGUGUCCAGCUUAACAAAUUGCAAGAUGUCAUCAGUUCUCAAGGAGAAAAUGCUACGCGUCUACCCACAUUUCGAGUAUUGCAAGCAUCACCAACAAAUUCCAUGCAGGCCUCAACAUCCAAAACAUUGCAGACAUCACCAUUUAAGACAUUGUCAGGCUUAUUCAACAACAGUAAACGUAAGGGGGCCAAGGAAGGUAUUUCUGCAGAACCAACCUCUACAGCAUAUGACCACGUUGGUCAGUCGAGAUUCUCAUUUGAGAAGGCGCGUGUUAGAAAAGACUCCAGUAAGAAAAAGCUAAUAAUGGAUGCAUUAAACAAGAAUCAAUUUCUAAAAAGACUGGAUCCUCAUCAAGUUCGGGACAUGGCCGAAUGCAUGUAUGAAAGAACAUAUUCUCCAGGAGACUACAUUAUUAAGCAAGGUGAACCAGGAAGUCACAUAUUCGUAUUAGCUGAGGGAAAAACAGAAGUUUUUCAGCAAAACAAACUUUUGACUUCCAUUCCUGUCUGGACAACAUUUGGUGAGCUUGCAAUAUUAUACAACUGCACAAGAACAGCUUCAGUAAAAGCCAUCAGCCAUGUCAGAACAUGGGCUCUGGACAGAGAAGUAUUUCAGAACAUUAUGAGGAAGACCACUCAAACAAGACAUGAAGAACACAGAAACUUUCUCAAGAGUGUAUCUUUAUUGAAGAAGCUUCCAGAAGAUAAAUUGAUGAAAGUAGCUGACUGCUUAGAAGUGGAAUACUAUGAAAAAGGAGAUUACAUUAUCCGAGAAGGUGAGGAAGGAAGCACAUUUUUCAUCAUUGCUAAUGGAAAGGUAAUGGUUACGCAGAGUACUGAAGGGUACCAUGAACCCCGAUUAAUUAAAACACUAGAAAAAGGAGAUUACUUUGGAGAGAAAGCCCUUAUCAGUGAUGAUGUCAGGUCAGCUAAUAUAAUCGCAGAUACUGAUGUGGAGUGCCUAGCCAUGGACCGAGAGAUGUUUAAUCAAACUGUUGGAACUUACGAAGAGCUCCAAAAGUACCUUGAAGGUUAUGUGGCCAAUCUAGCCCUCGAUGAUGAAAGAAGACAUGCAAAGGGAUCAACAAAUGGACAACAUGGGACAGCUGUUUCUUUGGAAAUGAUUCAGAUGAAGGAAAAAGUUUCAAGAUUUUCAUCUCCUUUUGAGAACCUAGACAUUAUCACUACUUUGGGUGUCGGAGGAUUUGGAAGAGUGGAACUUGUAAAAGUGAAAAAUGAGAACUUAGCAUUUGCUAUGAAAUGUAUCAAAAAGAAGCACAUAGUAGAAAACAGACAACAAGAACACAUACAUUCUGAAAAGAAUAUUCUAGAAGAAGCCUGUUCUCCAUUCAUUGUAAAGUUAUAUCGUACCUUUAAGGAUAAUAAGUAUGUGUAUAUGCUCCUUGAAGCAUGUCUUGGAGGGGAGCUUUGGAGCAUUUUAAGAGACAGUGGUAGUUUUGAUGAAGCCACCGCAAGGUUUUGCAUUGGGUGCGUUACUGAGGCGUUUGAAUACCUGCAUCAAAUUGGAGUAAUGUAUCGAGAUUUAAAGCCUGAAAAUUUACUGCUGGAUUCAGAAGGAUAUGUGAAACUGGUGGAUUUUGGCUUUGCUAAGAAAAUAUUUCCAGGGCAAAAGACAUGGACAUUCUGUGGAACACCAGAAUAUGUGGCUCCAGAAGUCAUUUUAAACAAAGGACACAGCUUUAGUGUUGAUUUCUGGUCCCUUGGAAUUUUAUUGUAUGAACUCCUGACAGGAAAUCCUCCUUUUACGGGGCCAGACCAGAUGAUGAUCUACAAUCUGAUUCUUCAAGGCAUUGAGAAAAUCGAGUUUCACAGAAGAAUAACAAGACGGCCUGAAGAAUUGAUUCGCCGUCUAUGCAGGCAGAAUCCUGCAGAACGUCUAGGAUACAUGAAGAAUGGUAUAUCUGAUAUUAAAAAACACAGGUGGUUUAAUGGUUUUGACUGGGAUGGAUUGAGGUCUAGGAGUCUUCCGUCACCUUUAAAACCAAAGCUUGAAGGACCAAUAGAUCACAGCUAUUUUGACAACUAUCCACCUGAUGAAGAGAUACCCCCAGAUGAGAUGUCAGGAUGGGAUCAAGAUUUCUGAAAGUAUCUGAAUAAUAUUUGACUGAAGGAAAUUUAAAGGGAAAAUAUAAACCAAUGAUUACUCUGAAAAAUCUGGUGUAAUAUGUACGUUUAUUAGAUUUAUUAUUUCCAGCAAUAUAACUCAAGCUUCAAUAGGGUGAAACCAUCUAACACAUAAACCUAAACUAAAUGUCAAACACCACAUAGUUCCGCAUAGCAUUUUUGCGGAGAACUGUCAAUAUAAGCCUUAAAGCAAACCUUUUUUUAAAUCGAAAACCUUUUUAUGAACAUGGCAAUAACGCUUAAUAUUUUGUUGUAAAAAUAUUAUGUUUAUGUUUUGUACGACCUAUCAGUAUUCUAUUAUUUAAAUAAAUCAUGGGA